AUGGAUCGCAUUCAAACAGGCAACGCCUUAUUUGCAGCUUGGGAUGAUCAAUAUCCAGGCGCUUGGAAUCAACCUUGUUUGCGAUUUGAUGCCCUGUUCAAUGACUAUGCAGGCACAUCAACAUGCAACGAUCGAUUCAUUCAGAUUUUUACUUAUCUCAACUCUGAUAAUGCCCAGCUGGCCCAAUAUCUCAUAUCCUCCUUCAACCUCUUCACGAUUGAGGAUAAAGCAGCUGAAGACGUCUGGUCAAUGCGAGUUCUUGCAAUGCAAAUUUCAUUGCAGAACCCUUUCUCGUUUUUUGGCAUUGACGAAUUCCAAAAAAAUCAGAACAACAAUCAAUUUUUUGAUGGGGACAAGUCGGAUCCUCGACUUUGUCUGGUAAAUCCUUUGGUUGGCUUUUGGUUGAUUUGUUCUGAAUUGUUUGAUUAUCCAUGGGCGACAACCUUUGACAACGACUAUUAUAACGAGCCGCCGUCGUCAAUCAUCCGUGGCAUCAAACAAAAACGUUCAGCACCUUUUCAGUCCUUUUUCCGACCAGAAAGUUCAGCCCAUCACACUCAACAAGCAAUUCAGAAGAUCAGUGAUCCAAUGAAUGACAAAUUGGACAAUGUGGUAGGCCAGUCCCAUCUGGACAAAGCGACUUUAGCGGAUCAACGGAAGCGCCAUCGUAAUCUGACCGACAAUAGAUAUGAUGCACUGGUGGAUGAUGAUGAAUCGAUUGGGACAAAUGCUGACGAUGCGGAGGCUGCGGACGACAACGCCACUACCAUUGACGGCGAUGCCUACCAACAACCAGAUCAGGACGAUGAUGACGAUGAAAUACUAGUGACAGCGGUUUGUAACAACCCAAGGCGCCCACCACUUUCUUCAGAUGACGAUGACAAUGAAGAGGAUGAGGAUGAUGAGGAUGUGGCGAGCAACGCUGGGGAGGUUCAGUCAGAGUAUGUAGAAGCACCGGGGAGGUCAGAAGACGACAACAUGGCGGUUGACGGCUUGACAAGCCCUACUCAGGUCUCUCAGGAUAGCUCUUCAUUGAUAAACACACCUCCACCUACACGUCGCCUACCUCCACCGCCCACUCUUGCUGAGAAACUUAACAAAUUAAUUCAAGUUAACUUGGAUGGGAUGACAUGCAGAUGUCAUAUUUUCGAGACCACAUUUGCGACAAACUACUCGGGAUCGGACUCCGGCACGGUUGCUGAGGCAAUUUUAUCUGCGGUGCUGACGUCAAUGGAGGAAGCUUUGAACAACUCGUUUCACAAGUUGAAGAUCCUUCCUAUCUCCGACGACACUUAUAAACAACAGAACCGGUGGAUCCGGAACUCGGUGGAGUUACGCAACAAAAUUUCGUCUUACCGGGCCCUGAGUCUCUACUGCGAUAUGGAAUAUGGGAAUUCUCCUUAUGCGGCAACCAACAGCAAGCCUGGCAAGAAGAAACUACGGACCUGA